AUGAGUACCAACGGAUGCAAUGAUGAGGCGAUGGCAACAAACAGAAGCGGUGCGCAGCGGCCAAACGGCGCGCCGCAGACGAAGGUCUGUCAGUUUAAGUUGGUGCUGUUAGGGGAGUCGGCGGUCGGCAAAUCAUCCCUGGUGCUCCGGUUCGUCAAGGGACAGUUCCACGAGUACCAGGAGAGCACGAUUGGAGCCGCCUUCCUCACGCAGACCCUAUGUCUCGAUGACACUACUGUUAAGUUUGAGAUUUGGGAUACGGCGGGGCAGGAGAGAUAUCACAGUCUUGCCCCAAUGUACUACAGAGGAGCCCAGGCAGCUAUCGUAGUUUACGAUAUUACUAAUCAGGACACGUUCGGCCGAGCCAAGAACUGGGUAAAAGAACUGCAAAGGCAGGCGUCACCAUCAAUCGUGAUUGCACUCGCGGGUAACAAGAGCGACAUGGCAGCAAAACGUAUGGUGGAAUUUGAUGAGGCACAGGCCUACGCCGAUGAGAACGGUCUACUCUUCAUGGAGACCAGCGCCAAGACGGCAAUGAACGUUAACGAUAUCUUUCUAGCCAUUGCGAACAAGUUACCAAAGAGUGAGAGCGGCGGCGGCAGCGCGGCGGGCGGCGCGCGGCGUCUCGCAGACGGCGACCAGCCGCGGACUUCCACCUGCUGCAAGUGA